UUUUGCUCAUGUAUUCACUGUCGGUACCAACCUUAACAUACGCCGGGUAGAAAACGAAGAAAAUAUCUGUUGAAUAUUACUCGUUAAACUCUCUCUCUCCACACCACAGUUGAGGGAAUACCGGUGUGCACUUCCUUAUUCGAUGCCGUACGUGCGUUUUGUUACGUAAAUUACGCAAAAAGCGUCGAUUUGGCGCAGGGUGACACAGGAAGUGAGGCGACGUAAACGUGACAUGUAUAAUAGUUAUAUACUUAGAAACUGAUUUAGUUAAAAAUCAGGAAUGAAAAUCAUACACAAAUAUGAACUAUUGUUUAAUUGUCAUUGUCAAAUAACGUAUGAUGUUAUCCAUCUGAUCUUAAAACUCUCAUUGUAUGCAUAAUUUCGCCAACGAUGCUUUUGUUUUGAAAGUUAUUAUCGGAUGUCUUUUUCCGAAAUAUAUUAGCUUGAUCGAUCUGCCAGCAACAUCAAACUUCCGCUAUGUAGCCGAGCCCAGCCUAUAUCAUACCUUAAGAAUAUUUAUAUAAGUUUUAAAGAAGUUCACUUUUGUGUUUAAUUGACACACUCAUUGAACGAAACUUAUUUUUCCAAUCCAGUUGGGUCAUCGAGCAUUUUUUUUACUAUCAGCCCUGAACUCCAACAACAGUCUAUUGAAAGUUAUGUCAGACUCUCAAGGCAAAAUUAAUUUGGAGGAGUACUUUAAAAGAAUUGGUUUCCAUGGCUCUUUUGAUAAACUGGAUCUCGCAACAUUGACGCUGAUCCACAAACAGCAUGUCAUGUCAGUUCCAUUUGAAAACCUCAGCAUUCACUGUGGUGAGAAGAUCAUCAUGGACCUUGAGAUCAUUUAUAACAAGAUAGUGAGGAGCGGCCGCGGGGGCUGGUGCCUUGAGAACAACUUCCUGUUUGGCUGGGUGCUGAGAGAAAUGGGCUAUGACACCACAAUGCUGGGCUCCAGAGUUUUCAACAGUCCCAGCAAUGAGUUUUACCCAACUGACACUCAUCUCAUCAACAAGGUCGUCAUCGAUGGAAAGUCUUAUAUAACAGAUGUCAGCUUUGGGGUGUCAUACCAAAUCUGGGAGCCCCUGGAGCUCGUCUCCAGAAGGAACCAACCUCAGGCUGCAGGUGUCUUUCGCCUCAUAGACAACGGGGAAAUCUGGAUGCUGGAGAAGACUGGUAGAAAGCCAGAGAUUCUCAAUCCAGACUUUGCUAAAUCAAGUCUGGUGGACAGGAAGGAAACAAAUAUCAUCUACGGUUUCACCUUGGUUCCUCGUGACCCCAGUCAUUUCUUUGAGGAAAACCACACACUCCAGACAGAUCCUGCUUCACUGUUCACCAAUAAGUCCAUCUGCUCUUUGCAAACACCAACAGGGUUCAGAGCUCUGGUUGGCUGGACCUACAGUGAGGUCACCUACAAACCUGAGGAAGGUGUUGAUGUCUUUGACAUGAGAAACAUAACAGAUGAUGAAAUAGAGCAAAUUCUGAGGGAAAAGUUCAAUAUAAAGCUGCAGAACAAACUGCAGCCUGCUAACAACAAAACAUGCUACUCACUCUAAAAUCCUACACAUUUUGUUUUGAAUCGACUAGGAAUGAUCUCACAGCCAAUUAAUCAAUAACUCCUGGGAAGUUAACCAAGCCAUACUGACAGGCAUGAUAGCUUUGACAGAAUGAAAUCUCAAGUGCAUUUAUACUCUGAUAGUGUCAGUACAAAAUCAUACCAACUACAAGACAUGUGGGAUAAUUAUAGUUUAUCUGUUUGUGCCCUGUGCACUCUGUAAUGAAACAAGUGUGGAGCAAGACAUGUAGCAAUGAUUAACACAACCUGAGGAAGGCGUUGAUGCCUUAGACAUGAGAAACAUAAGAGAUGAUGAGAUCGAGCAAAUUCUGAGGGAAAAGUUAGAUAUAAAGCUGCAGAACAAACAGCAGCCUGUAAGCAAGAAAACAUGCUACAUACACUGAAAUCAUACACUUAUUUGUUAUAAAAAUGUACCUGAAAUGAUCUCACAACCAGUGUUGAUUUCAUGACCAACCAGACUGAACACUUUAUUGAAAAAUUGUCUAUUGUCUAAACGAAAAACCAAGAUUUCUUUGACUUUACAAUGAAAAUUCUGCAUUUGUAUUAGUGCUGUGGCAUGUGUGUGGACAACAUGUUUUGGAUUUUUUGCUUUUGGUAUCUGUGUAUGAGCGAAGUAUCUUAAUGCAAGGAGCAGGAAUGUAUUAACCAAAGAAAAAUGUAUUUUAAAUCCAAAUAAAUCUACAUAAAAUCAAUGUAUGUCAUAAUUAUACUUUUUAAACUUUAUUAUACCCAUAUAAUCUGUUUACCUUUGAGUUAAAUGCUAGUUCUAGUCUGUACUAUGUGUACUCAACAAUGUAUCAUCCCCAUGCUUAAAUAUUAUGCUCAUAAACUUGUAUGUAUAUAAAACACAAUUUUUGUGGUUGAUUUUGAAGGAUUACUGUCAAGUCACAAAGGGAAGUCUUAACAUAGGCCAUUAUUUUAUUUUUUUUAAUUUUUUUAAUUGUGUUGUUCAUCUGACUACAUUUGUACACCUGGUUUUGACAACUGCUGGGGGUGUCUUAUUAAAACAAUAAAACGUUAUUUUACUGUUUCAUCCUUUUUUUUACCUAGGU